CAUGUCCUGCUGAUGCAGUGUGUGUUUGUGGCUUUCUAUGUCCUCAUGAAAUGUGUACUGUGCUCUACAGUUGAGUCCCUUUCUGCAAUGAGUGUACUUUGCUAGCUGUCAUGCAUCUAGAUAGUGUCUUCUAGUUUACAUAACCUGGUCAUAAUCAAACAAUCAUGUGUGCAGACAAGUGUGUGUACUUUACAGUUCAGGCUUGUUCAUCACUCUUUUCCAUCAAAACGGCCGUGUGAAUAUACAGACCUCCUAUUAUACCCUUCUUUGUCCCUUUAUACAGUAACCUGGUAAUAUAUGUGCCUAUACAGUAUAAUCUACAAUACUGUGUGUGUGUGUGUGUUUUUCAAAUCCCAUUGUAAAGAAUGGGAAUCAAACAAAGCACUAACAAAGACAGCGAUCAUGUAUAUUUACGAUUAGAAUAAUACCUACAACAGGAUGUUGAGAUCAUAAGUUACAGUGAAUGAUUGCUGUAGCUUUAAUCAUAAUAGGUCAGAAUUUUUUUAUUGUAUGGCAUUUUUAUAAACACGCCAGCUAUUUCCACCAGUUGUUUUCCUUUUGAUCGUGUUCCAAAGGGGAGUCGUGUUGAUCUUUCAGCUUUACCUCAGAACUUUAAAGAAACAAUGAACCGCUUUGCACGAGUUCAGAAAAAACAAAUCAGUCAAAUCCAUCUGUAGCUCUUGGUAACAAAACAACAACAACAACACAAUUAAAGACAUUUGUAAACCCACGACAGGCUCUCCCUCAUACAUACAAACACACGUGCUGUGACAUCACUCACAUCUGGAUGCAAAAUUGGCUAACCCUCCAUUCCUCUUUCCAAUGUGUCCCCAUCUUCCCCCUUUCAACCCCUCUCGCUUCUCCUUCCUGUCUGUCUGUGUUUCCGCCCCCGCUCUCAGCGAUGAAAGAGAAGAACCCCUGGCACACGCCGGUGACCAUCAUCAUCACUGUGAUUGGUGUCAUAGCGAUUGUUGCCUUGGUGACGGUAGCAGUUUUGCAGAACAUGCCCCUCCUCCAAAAGUACAAGUAUGGGAUCGUGCUGGACGCCGGCUCCUCCCACACAUCUCUUUAUAUCUACGAGUGGCCGGCGGAGAAGGAUAACAACACUGGGAGAGUUGAACAGAAGCAUUCCUGCACAGUCGACGGUCCAGGUAUCUCCAGCUAUGCGUCUGCUCCCCUGAAGGCUGGGGAGUCACUGAGGGCAUGCAUGCAGGAGGCCGAAGAGUGGGUGCCCAAAAGAAGGCACCCAGAGACCCCUCUUUACCUGGGGGCUACUGCCGGAAUGAGAUUGCUCGACAUGGAGAACAAAGUGGUGUCAGACAAGGUCUUUGAGGCAGUGGAGGCAGCCCUGGAAAAAUCCCCCUUUUCCUAUCAGGGGGCGAGACUACUCAAGAGCCAGGAGGAGGGCGCCUUUGGCUGGGUCACAGUCAACUACUUGGAUGACCGCCUCAAACAGGGCUUGGAAACCACCGGCGCCCUUGACCUCGGCGGGGCCUCCACUCAGAUUAGCUUUGUAUCCGAUAAUUAUGACGGUUCGGAGUCACUUAGCGACUCCGUCAAUUUCCGACUUUACGGAAAUGACUAUAACCUGUACACUCACAGCUUCCUGUGUUAUGGGAAAGACCAAGCACAAAGAAUCAGGCUGGCCGACCAUACUCAAUCAGGUCCAAAAAUAGUAGCAGAUCCUUGUUCCCACCCUGGGUACUCUGAAACAAAGAAGUACUCUGUCCUCUAUGACAGCCCAUGCGUGUCAGACAGGAAACCACAAGGUGCUCCUGAAACCUUCCAUCACACCGGGACAGGAAACUUCCGAGAAUGCCAGGAAGUUGUCAAAAAAAUCUUCAACUUUGAUGAAUGCAAAUACAGCCAGUGCUCUUUCAAUGGGGUCUUCCAGCCAACUCUGCAGGGGAAAUUCGGGGCUUUCUCUGCGUACUACUUUGUGAUGGACUUCCUCAAUCUGGCUGAUACAUCCAUCCCUCUGGAAGAUGUCAAGGAAAAGCUCAAACUCUACUGCGCAAUGCCUUGGAGUCAGAUCGUGCAGCAGCAUCCAAAGACAAAACCAAAGUAUCUGGCUGAGUACUGUUUCUCCGGCACGUACAUCCUCACCCUGUUGAUAGACGGAUACAACUUCACCUCAGUGAGCUACUCCAACAUUAAAUUCGUUCAAAAGAUAAAAGGAAGUGACGCAGGCUGGACGUUGGGCUACAUGUUGAAUCUGACCAAUAUGAUUCCAGCCGAGGCUCCCGACACUCCCCCUCUGCCCUACGCCGGCUACGUCUCCAUAGUAACCAUUAUUGCAGUACUGAUCAUCAUCCUCUUCCUCGUCAGCUUGCGCCCUCUCUGGCCUCGCUGCUCCAAACAGCAACAGAUCGUAUGAAAACACGUGUGCACAGACGUGUGCACACCAGACGUGUGCACAGACGUGUGACGGCGAGUUAGGGGAUGUCUGGGAGGUUGUGUUGGCGUGUUCUACCAAUUUCUUUUUAUAAGAUAGUCAACGUUUGUGGGGUGAAAGGUCAACGUCUACUGCACACCAACAGUCCUGCAGCUCAUGGCAAAUACUUUCUCUACUCUUUCUACUGAGUGUUGCUUCUUCGGUUGAUGGACAGUUCUUGUGUGUGCAAGCUUGUAUGUUUGAAUUUGAAUGGGUGCUUGGGUGUUUGCGUACAUAUAUCAGUCUGCAUGUAUGGGUCUUGAAUUAUGAUGUGAAUAUGAUACUGUACUGUGUAAAUAAAUGGAAUAACCCUUGUUUAUAUAAAAUGUUUAAAAUUG